AUGUCGCAAUCGGAAACCAGCGCGGCCGACACCACCAGUGAGAAAGUUGGGAGCGCGGCGCCCAACGUGCUUGACGUGCUUGAGAAGCAUCUGUCUCCAGACCCGCUUCGCAACCAAGACCAACGGGCGUCUCGAUCUCGGAAGGAGGCGCCGAAAAACACCAAAUCCACCCCCUCUUCUUCUGCGCCUGUCGAGUCCGAGGCGCCUAAGAACUCCAAAUCUGCGCCGGCGUCUUCCGCGCCUGCCGAUUCCGAGGCGCCUAAGGCGACAGCGGCCUCGACUGCGCCUGCGACCACUGUGCCAGCGCCCCCUACCACCAAUCCGGGUAAUGCACUUUUUCUCUCUGUUUGA